CAACAAAUUUCAAUGGAUUAUCAGUGUUCUGAUUGAGCAUGGUUUUGCAGCAUCUGUCAUCUUAGUGGGCUUAGCAGUAUUCCAGUUCUUUUACGCAAUCCUGUGGUGGUACAUUCCAGACACUAGCAAGACGGAAAGAUACACAAAGUUUGGAUUUGUCGUUGUUUAUGUUAUACUUGGACUAAUAGUUCUGUACCCUCUGCCUCUCUUUGUUAUGGAAGUACUCGACUACAGACCAUUCGAUUUUGAAUACAUGAAAACUAUUUCCUAUACUCUGCCAACAGAAUAUUCCACCUUCCAUGUGAUUGUGUCUGUCUGUGAAUGGAGCAUUUGCCUUCUGAGCAUCAUCAACAUUGCCACUCACAGCAAAGAUCUGCAGAGGGUGUCCUGUCGUGUAACCGUCCGUCACAAGUCCUGCCUGUCAGAAGAUCCGCUCCCCCUCCACAUCAUCUCCUCAUAAACCUUGUCAUUAUUUAUAUUUUCUGUUCUUUUUUUACUUUUGUUAUCAAAUGUUGCUUUGUAUACACCGACAUUGAUGCACAAAUAUAGAUUUAAUGGCUUGUUUUCA